AUGGAGAAGCUCAUUCUGAUUCUGGCGAUCACUGGUGUCUGCUUGGCUGGUGAAAUAGGACUGGGAGACCACGGACUGAGCUUAGAUGGAGGUCAUGGACUGAGCUUUGGUGGAGGUCAUGGAUUGAGCUUAGGAGGAGGUCAUGGAUUGACAUUGGGGGAGAUUGCUGUGGGUCACGAUGACCACGAUAUCGACCUGCAGGGAAUUGGUGGAGGAGGGUACGAUUCUGAGAUCGAGUUAGGAAGUCAUGGAGGUGGGGGAGGACACAUAAACUACAUACCCAUUGUGAAAUCUAUUGGAGUACCGGUAGCAAAGCACGUUCCAUUUGCCGUUCCGAGUCUACAAAUCCAACAAGUUCCGCAAAGCUAUGCAGUACCAGUGAUCGUGCCUAGACCCGCCCCUUAUCAGGUGGAAAAACCGGUGUUCACGAAGGUGGAGAAGAAGGUGCCCACUCCGGUCGAGAAGAUCGUGCCCGUGAAAAUCGAGAAGCGAGUACCGUUCCAUGUGGUGAAACACAUUCCUGUUCCGGUGGUGAAGCCUAUCCCAAUUAAGAUUCCGAUUUACAAAACGAUCGUUCACAGUUACAAGAAGCACUGA